UCCGAUUGAACGCCGGCGGCAUCAUCUGCCUGCCAUAAGAAUUCUUUAAUCGAAAAGUUUAUGAGCUUCCCCCCUCAGCUCUACUGUACCUCACAAGCGCAUGUGCCGUCUGCUGCUUCAGAUCCCAUCCGUCCUAGGUCAUCUUCUCCGGCGGCGUCGUUACUUACGAGCGGAUAGCGGAGUAUGGGGAGCGAGGAUGAGGAGAGAUGGUGCGUGGUGACCGGAGGGAGAGGCUUCGCUGCACGGCAUCUUGUGGAAAUGCUGAUCAAAUACAACAUGUUUUCCGUCCGAAUCGUUGAUUUAGGCUCCUCCAUUGAAUUGGAAGCAAGCGAGGAGCAAGGGAUUCUCGGGGAGGGAUUACGUUCCGGCCGUGCUCAAUACGUUUCGGCCGAUCUUCGCGACAAAGCUCAAGUGCUUAAAGCAUUUGAGGGAGUCGAGGUUGUUUUCCACAUGGCUGCUCCAAAUUCAUCCAUUAACAAUUACAAACUUCAUUACUCGGUCAAUGUGGAAGGAGCCAGAAAUGUAAUUGACGCUUGUAUCAAGCAAAACGUAAAGCGACUAAUAUACACGAGUUCGGCCAGUGUAGUAUUUGAUGGGAUACAUGGACUUACUAAUGCAGAUGAGUCAUUUCCCUACCCUGCGAAGCACAAUGAUUUCUACUCUGCCACUAAAUCCGAGGGAGAAGCUUUGAUCCUCAAGGCAAAUGGCUCGAAUGGCCUUCUAACUUGCAGCCUAAGGCCCAGUGGCAUCUUCGGUCCUGGUGACAGGUUAAUGGUUCCAUCCUUAGUUGCAAAUGCAAGGGCAGGAAAAUCCAAGUUCAUUAUUGGUAAUGGCAAUAACACCUAUGACUUUACUUAUGUUGAAAACGUGGGACAUGCUCAUGUAUGUGCUGAACGAGCUCUAGCUUCAGGAGGAAUAAUUGCAGAAAAAGCUGCGGGGCAGGCUUAUUUUAUAACUAACAUGGAACCUAUCAAGUUUUGGGAGUUUGCCUCACUUAUUGUGGGUGGUCUUGGUUAUGAAAGGCCAAGAAUAAAGAUCCCCGUCUUCGUAGCGAUGCCGAUUGCACAUAUUGUGGACUGGACUUAUAAGCUUUUUGGUCCUUACGGAAUGCCUGUUCCACAGUUCACACCUUCCCGAAUAAGACUCCUCUCUUGUUGUAGAACUUUUAAUUCAUCAAAGGCAAAGGACCGAAUUGGCUAUACCCCCAUAGUUUCACUUCAGGAAGGUAUACAAAGGACAAUAGAAGCAUACUCACAUUUAAAGGCCGAGCAUCAACAUAAAAGAGAAGGGCCAUCCAAAGCCUCAGUAUACCUCAGGGGAGGAACUGCUGCUGACAUUUUACUCUGGAAGGAUAAAAGGAAGACACUGAUGGCAUUGCUAGUUUUGGUGGCUAUUUAUUAUAACUUCAUUGCUUCCGAAUGUACCAUGAUCACUGCACUAUCAAAGCUUCUCUUGGUGGCAUUGAUAUUUUUAUUUAUUAAUGGGAAUUUACCAGAGAAAAUGUUGGGAUAUAGAGUUGAGAAAAUUUCCUCGUCAUGUUUCCACUUGUCACAAGAGAGGUCACGCAGCGUUGCUGUCUCUGUAGCAUCAUUGUGGAAUUCUUUUGUUAGAAAUUUUAAAUCUCUUUCCAAAGGGAAUGAUUGGAUGCUCUUGAUUAAGGUUGCUGUAUCACUGUUGGUUCUUAGCUUUAUUGGAGUGGUUUCUCGUCAAACUUUAUACAAGACAGCGGUUCUAUUUGCCUUCACAGCUUUCUUCAUAUACGAGAAAAAGGAGCAGGAGAUCGAUUCUUUGUGUCAAAGAUUUCAAGUUUGUAUGCAAAGCAAAUGCAAUGUGGUCAGAAAAGUUUCAACAUCAAAAGGAUAACGUGAUUAAUGCAAGUUGUGUUUAUACAGAAGUAUCCCUGUAGUUUAUGUUUUCAUCUUGAUUUGGGCUCAUGGCCUGUUACCAAUUUAACAAACUACAUUGCAAGUCGCUGCUGGUUGUAUCAAGUUCUCUCCCUUUUUUCUUGUUUGGGGUCUCAUUCUCCCCCAAGUUUUUCAGAGAACAUGCACCGAGUGCUCCCAUGUAAUUUUCCUCCCUCCCACCCCCAAUAUAGAUAUGACGGAUUAAUUUAUCUCAAUUUUCAUAUUACAACGUGUGAAAA